AUGCGAGCGGCACCGUGGACGUGCCGCGGCUGCGUCGAGGCCCUGCGUCGCACGGCUGGGUGCCAGCUUCGGCUCGGCUCACAGCGUGGUGCGCGGCGCGGCGUGGUGACCGAGGCACCGGCCUCGACGUCGACGCUCGCCCCGAGCCUCCUGCGACGGGCAAGAUGCCUCGCGGCCGAGCAUGACAGCCUCGAGUCGACCCUCGAAUCCUCCUUCGACGGCGCCAAGGCAAAGCGCGUCGGCGAGCUGCGGCGCGUCGUCUCGGCCCUGCGGGCGUGGACCGACGGACGCGCCGCCGUCGCCGAGCUCUCGGCCCUGGCCACCGACGGCGAGCAGGAUGCCGAGCUCGCGGCCAUCGCCCGUGACGAGCUCGUCUCCGAGUCGAGCCGGCUCGAGGCGCUCGAGCGGAACCUCGCCGCCAGCCUGCGGCCGCGUCACGCCUUCGCCGACCUGCCCUGCCUCGUCGAGUUCCGACCGGGCCCCGGCGGCCUCGAGGGGCGCUACUUCACCGACAGCCUCUUCAAGAUGUACAGGGCCCUCUGCGCGCGCCGCGGCUACCGCGCCAACGUGCUCAAGUACGAGCUCGCCGAGGCCGCCGGCGACCAGUCCUCGCCGGCCGGCGAGCAGCCCCUGCAGGAGGCGGUGCUCGAGGUGCUCGACGCCGGCGCCUACGACGUCUUCCGCACCGAGGCCGGCAUGCAUCGCGUCCAGCGCAUCCCCUCGACCGAGAGCAAGGGUCGCGUCCACACCUCGGCCGUCGCCGUCUGGGUGCUGCCCUCGUUCCCCGAGACGGGCGCCACCGGCUCCGACGACGUCGACGACCCGGAGAGCGACUUUUACCUGCGACCCGACGACGUCCGCGUCGAGACGAUGCGCGCUCGCGGCGCCGGCGGCCAGCACGUGAACAAGACGGAGAGCGCCAUCCGCAUGACGCACGCGCCGACGGGCACCGUCGUGUCCAUGCAGGACCACCGGUCGCAGCAGCGCAACCGGGAAGCCGCCUGGAAGGUGCUGCGCUCGCGCGUCGCCGGCCAGCGCGCCGAGCAGCGCCAGCAGGAGGCGGCCCGGCUGCGGAGCAGCGUCCUGAGCAAGGCGCAGAUGACGCGCGGCGACAAGAUAAGGACGUACAACUACAACCAGGACCGCUGCACCGACCACCGCGCCGGCCUCGACGUCCACAACCUGCCCGACGUGCUCGACGGCGGCGAGAUACUGGACCGCGUCAUGGACGCCGCCGGCGAGUGGAUGGUCGGCCGGGACCUGGAGGCCAUUGUCGCCGAGGAGGAGGCGAGGCAGAAGUGA